ACGAGGUUUGUGUGGCCUACAUAAAUUUUAUUAUUUUAAAAUAUUCUCGUAUUGUUUAUGUCUCAAUUUCUAAGUUUCCAUGAAUUAUAUAAAUAAUAAUUCACAAGUUCAUGUACCAACUGUUAAGUGUAAAUAACAUAGUUGCAUAUUUUAUUUAUUUACAAAUAAAGAAAGAGAUUGGAGAAAUCUGGUCAAGAUUAUUCGACCAUCGCCCUUUCCUAAAUGGUGAAAUAAAGUUUAUGCUAAAGGAGUUUGAGGAGAAGCGUGGCGAUCGAGAAGUAGAGAACUUGUUUUCUAUACUUGAGAAACUGACUGAUAUCAAGGACAGUCAGGCUGAGAAGAUUAUAAAGACUGGGGAGACUGGCCUGCCUGUCUUGAAGGAGAAGUUGGAACAAGCACUACAGCUAAGUGCAGAAGUCGAGAAGGAUUAUCUUGAUUCACGUCAGGUUUAUGAGCAACGAAGACAAGAACUAAAAGAAAAGAGACAAAAGGAAUGGGAUCAGUUCAUUGAUGAUAUGAACUUCAAAUGCCAAAGAAUUGACAAUACUUUUGAAGAAAAAGAAGAAGAACUAAGGGAUUUGUAUGCUGAUCUUAACCACAAACUAAAUAUUGCCAAAUAAAUCAUGGAUUCCAUGGGAUCACUUGUUGAUACCAACCUUAGAAUUUACCCAUCAAAUAAUUUACUUGAUUAUCUUAAAAGUAUACCCAUCAAUGAUGAUGUACCUCUAAAUAUCGGAAGACUGGUUAAAGGAAGAAAUUAUGAAGCAAAACAUAAAGAAGCCAAAGAGGUAGUCCCAGUACAUUUAAACAGUACUGAUAUUGAAAAUUUAAACAAAAUAAAAGCUGUAAUGAAAUUUGAUGAUGAAGUUAAAGAAGAAGAACAAGAGAAAGUUGAUGAGGAACCUAAGAAGGAUAAUAUAGAUAAUGACAAACAAAGUACAGUUUCUGAAACAACAGAUCCUGAUGAAAAAGCAUUAGAUAAAAGUAAACUAAA